AUGGCCACCGAUUUCUGGUCGAGUUCCCACUACAAGCGAUGGAUUGUCGACCGUGCGACACUCCGUCAAGCAAGAGCAGAAGACCUGCUUUAUGUAGAAGACCCUGAGCAUCUAGACUUUCUAGCGAUAUACUUUGCUGAAGUGGUUGCAAAGCUAGGAAGGUCUCUCCAUCUCGCGCAACGUGCCAUCGCCACCGCGACAGUUUUCUUUCGACGCUUCUACCUCAAAAACUCUUAUUGCGAGACCGACCCAUUCAUCGUCGCCGCAGCAUGCUGUUAUCUUGCCUCAAAAGCAGAGGAAUUUCCGGUCCACAUCAAGAAUGUCGUCUCUGACGCCAGGCGGAUGUUUGGUCAGGAGCCAUACAACGUCAAGACCUUCCCUACGGACAACACCAAGCUCGCCGAGAUGGAGUUCUACCUUGUCGACGACCUUGACUGCGACCUGACAGUCUUCCAUCCCUAUCGAACACUGCUCACCUUGUGCAAGUCUGCCGAGGAUCAGCCUGAGGAGGAAUCAGAGGCCGGAGAAGUCGGUGUCGGUGUUAAUGCGGAGGAUGGCUCGCGGUAUUGGGGGACUGGGCAAGGGCAGCUUGAGCUCCCUUCCGGCGGACUCCAAACGGCAUGGUUCAUUAUCAACGACACCUUUCGCUCUGAACUCUGUCUCCUCUAUCCGCCACACCUGAUUGCCAUCGCUGCCAUCUACCUUACCUGUGUGUUCAACCCUGCAACACAAAGCGCCAUUGCCGCUUCCCACGAGCCUACUCCCACUCCUCGACGUUCCUCGCGUCACGCAGCAGACAAAUCCAGCACCCAGGACCCGCUCACCUUCCUUGCCGGCUUGAACGUCUCCCUCCCACUGGUAGCCACAAUUGCCCAAGAAAUCAUCGCCAUGUACACGCUCUGGGAGCGCUACAGGGACAAACUAUCUGAAAAGAAAUCAGAAGCUGACGCAACACCACCGCCAGUCGACGGGAAUGGGAUGACAGCAGCAAUGCUGACGGAUAUUCUAACGCGCAUGAGGGAGGCGCGAAUGCAAGAUCACAUUCAACAACAGGGUCGGCAAAUGGCAGUCAAUCGAAUCUUGGAGCGAACUCAAGGAGCCGGCUGA